AAUCACUUCUUUUAAGUCAGUAGCACUUUUUUUCUUUAUGGAUGCAUUACUCUAACAGUCCUCUCUACUUGAGGUGUUGGAUUUCAUGUCAGCAGGAGUAAGGAAUUGCCAAAACUGUAAUCUGUUACUUUGUGAGAUGUUACUCUAGAUUUGAUGCAUUUUGAAAUGAAAGAAGAGCUAAGUUGGGUUUUUAUCCAAAUGAAUUGGCAUCUUUCUCUGUAGGAGAAGUUACAUUAGUAAAUAUUUAUUUCAAGAACCAUGGUUAGGAAAAACCUGGACAUUUAUUAGAGAAGUAAAUGUUUUGCAUUCAAGGACGGGAUCUGCCUGUUCCUUUGUGGUUCUGGGUGUCUUGUGCAGACCAAUUGAGGUGACUGGCCACGGGAGGGAAAUGCCCUGGUGGCACUGGAGCCACAGCUAGGCUGCUAGUACCAUGUCUAGUCUACAAAGAAACGGCAGUGGCCACCUGUUCAGUUUGCACACCUGUAAACUGAAGCUUCCAGGGGAUCAGCAACAACAAGAAAAACCGGUCAUUGCUCAGCCAAUGUUUGUGUUUGAAAAGAGAGAACAAACUUUCAAGAGACCUGCAGAAGACACCCUGUGUGAAGCAGCAGAACAUGAGUGGAAUGGUUUUUCAAGAAAGCGUGUUCGGUCUUCAUCUUUUACUCUACGUACUACAGAUUCACAGUCUCGAGGAGUGUUCACCUCAUCCCAGAAACGAAUGCGAUCUUCGUCCUUCACUGACCUCCCCAUCUUCCCGCCUUCUGGGCCAGUGAGGAAAAACAAUGUUUUUAUGACAUCCACUCUUGUGCAAAGGAAUGUUGAUAUAAAUAGUGAAGAACAAGGUCCUGUGAAGCAUUCUGGACAUUUUCUGAGACCUGCUAAAUUACAAGCCCCUCUCACUCAAAGGUGUGAAAAAGUAAAAACAUUUAGACACGAAGCAUUGGAAUCAUGCGUGACUAAAGAAAAGAUUUCUGAGAAUUCCUAUUUGCUAAGUGAAAAUUUACCAAGUGCCAGAAUUCCAGUCCACCUGUCUCCUAACCAGAAUCUUCUAGGUGCUGCAUUAGUAGGAUGUCAACCAAAAGAAGAUAAGUAUUCUUUUAAAAGCUGUAGUUCCGAUUUCGUAUUUGGAGAAAACAUGGUGGAAAGAGUUUUGGGUACUCAAAAACUCACCCAACCUCACUUUGCAAAUGAUGUGAACACCAAGGAAAAGCCGUUCAAAUUCACUCUAAAAUUUCCUAUGGAUGCUCCAAACUCAAGAACAGAUUCUAUUAAAAAUAUAACCCUGAUUGAAUCGGCUGCUGCUUUCUCUUCUAAACCAUCAUCAAAAUACUUGCUGGAGAAAAUUGAGGCUAUAACAGGGGAGGAGGCAGAACAUAAUGUGCUACAGAUCAACUGCAAGCUUUUUAUAUUCAACAAAUCAACACAGUCUUGGAUUGAAAGAGGCAGAGGAGCUUUGAGGCUGAACGACACAGCAAGCAGUGACUGUGGGACAUUCCAGUCAAGACUAAUUAUGCGCAAUCAAGGCAGCCUGAGGCUGAUUCUAAAUAGCAAGCUCUGGGCCCAAAUGGAGAUUCAAAGAGCAAACCAUAAAAAUUUACGAAUAACAGCUACUGACUUAGAAGAUUGUAUCAUCAAAGUGUUUUUAAUCCAGGCCAGUGCCAAAGACACAAGGUAUUUGUAUGCAGCCAUACACCAUCGCCUCGUUGCACUGAGAAGCUUUGACAAACAGAAAGAUGGAGGUCAUGUUGAAAGUCAGGCAGAAACAGUCCUCCAGCAAUUAAACUGUGAUAGCUGUGAUGAGGAUGAGGAUGAUUUUGUCCAAGUCACUAAAAACAGAUCAGAUCCUUCUAGAUGGACUCACAGACAAUCCGUUGCCUGUUCUUGAGCACACCUACUGAUAAAAUGACAGCAUCAACAAAAAGAUUGACCACCUUACUGAAAAUACAACCAACCUAGGUAAAUAAGAAGAUCCUAUUCACUCCUUGAAGUGUUUUUAUAGAAAAGCUCAAGAAAUAUAACUUGUUGCAAUUAAAAGUUUUCUCUUAUGUAAAGUUUUCUCUUAUGUAGUCUCAUAAUUUUGAGGUCAUACAUUUUGAUUAUUGUGAAGAAAAUGUACAUUUAAAAAAUACAUGAAUUUUGAAAGUUUAAAAUUUACCAUUUUUGAUGAAGUUAAUUUAGAAGAAGCUUUGAUAACCAAUUUGGACUAUUCAUCACAUUGAUGGAUACAACAAUUAAAAUUAUAAAUUGUUAGAUUUUAACAUCUAAAAUGCCUAUUUUUUCGAUCACAUGUUGCCUGGCUAUAAACAAAUAUUUUACAAAAUUUCCAGAGUUAUUUCUUUGAAAAGUGGCUAUAACUGCAUGACCACAUUUCAUUAAACCAUGUUUCUCUUCUUAAAAAUGUAUAUUUUCAUUUAGUUUUGGAUUUCCUAAUACUUUAAUAUUCUGUAUUCAUGUAAAUGCAUUCCUUUAAAGAGAGUACUUGUUCUUAACUUGUAUCCAUUGCAACUUUUGGUCAGCACCCGAAAGUUGCUGAAAAAAUAAACAAAAUACAGCACCUAUGUAUUAAAAUAGUGAGUACACAAAAAAUAAAACAUGCUAACUUGUUCUUUGCCUUGCUUAUGGAAUUAAAUGGUCAUUAAUAUUUAUUCUAGUAGGCGUGACUAUGUGGAAACCUAUUUUAAAACAAACAGAUACAGCCAAGUGAAAUUUUUUCAUCAGUGAUGUUAAACUAAUAUCAACAAUAAAGCAACAG